UUUCUCAUCGACGCAGCACCAAAUUUCCUCUACAGACCCCUCGGACAGGUCGAUAUCCUUGAAGAUGGCAAAGGACCGAUAUAUACGCCAUGACCUUCCUACAAAUGAAUCGAAUACCCCGCAAAGCGCAAAGAAAUCGCAUAAGAGAAAGAGAGACCUAGAUGGCACCGCCGUCGAUAGCUCGACAUCCACGCCGAUCAAGAAGUCCAAGAAAGACAAGAGCUCCCUCUCAUCCCCAGACUCUCAUAAGAAGAAACGAUCGAAGAAAGAGCGCAAAUCCGAAAACAAGACCGAUGAUCAAGAGGAUGCGACCCGGAAAGAAAGUGCUAUCCCGGAGAGGAGCAGCAAAGAUGGUUCUCCAAGCGCAGGUGACAAUAAGUCUGACGCCAAGAAGUCGAGAAGUUCAAAACGACGAACUUCCAAGGGGCAUAAUGAGGGCGAUGAGGUCGCUGAAGAUAUAGAAGAGGAGACCGGGGAAUCUGAGAAAGCCGAUGCCGCCAACGACGGAGAGGACGACACGCCGCAAUCUCAGAAAAACAAAUACUCUGGUGUUUUAUCCAAAUUCGAGAGAUCAGCCAAGGUUAAAGAAGCAGCAAAGUCAAAGAAAGGAUCGGAGGAAUCAAAACCGGAAGUGACAACAGCAGAACCUGUAGUGGCCCAAGGUCUGGAGCCAUUGCCCCAGCCAGAGGCCACGCUUGAAGAAGAGGAAUUACCGACCUAUUCAACUCUUCCUUAUUGGCUGGCAAAUCCUCUUCGAACAUCAUCGGAUGCGAAAGCGAAGUUCUCCGACCUUGGCAUCAAACCCGAUCUCUUACGCAUUCUUGAAGAGCACGGAUACGAAGAAGCAUUUGCAGUGCAAUCUACUGUUAUUCCAUUGCUUCUGCCUGGACCUAAGGAGCACUCGGGUGACCUUUGUAUUUCGGCUGCGACUGGCUCCGGAAAGACGUUGUCCUAUGUCCUUCCACUGGUGACUAACUUGGAACAUAUUCCCGCACCAAGAUUGAGAGGACUUAUCGUUGUCCCUACUCGAGAAUUGGUGAAGCAAGCUAGAGAGGCUACUGAGCUAUGCACCGCGGGUUCAGGCUUACAGAUUGGAUCAGCGGUGGGAAAUGUCGCCAUCAAAGACGAACAGCAGCUAUUGAUGCGCGUGGAUCAAGUCUACGGCCCUGAGUCUUUCAAGUCACGACAGCAAUUCAGAUUCACCGCAGACGAUUGGGCAGAUUUCAACAUGCAAGAUUAUAUCUCCGAAGCAGCAGAUCUUAACGAGUCUUUACCUGGUUACCUGCACAAACCCGAACCCAACGUCGACAUUCUUAUUUGUACGCCGGGUCGCCUUGUCGACCAUCUUCGCUACACAAAGGGCUUUACCUUGAAACACCUUCAAUGGCUUGUCAUUGACGAAGCCGAUCGACUGCUGAAUGAAAGCUUCCAGGAAUGGGUUGAUGUUGUAAUGAAUUCUUUGGAUGCGAGAAAGUCUCCGAAUACUUUCGGAUUCAGUGGAAGACUCAUGUCGGACCUUGGGCUUCCUAUCGAGAACAAAGAUCCCAGAAAGGUUGUUCUUAGUGCCACAAUGACCAGGGAUGUCUCGAAGCUGAACUCAUUGCGCUUGACCAACCCUAAGUUGGCUGUCAUUGGAUCAGCCGACCGUGUCGCAGAUGACGAGGACGUGACUCUUACAGACGACCAGUUUACUCUGCCAUCGACACUCAAAGAGUACUUUAUCUCGGUUGGAGAUGGCGCGCAGAAACCACUUUAUCUUCUGCGCCUCCUGCGGUCUCGUAUUGGUCUUGGUGAUCUUGAUUCAAGCACAAGACCUGCCCGCGCUGUGCAGGCAGAUGACACCAGUUCUGAUGAUGACACAAGUUCUGAUGAUGAUACCAGUUCUGAUGGCACUAGUUCUGAUGAUACUAGCUCUGAAGAGAGCAGCUCUGAUGAAUUUUCCUCUGAGGAAUCCGAUUCCGAAUCUGAGUCCUCAGAAGCAACUUCAUCGUCCGAAUAUGAAUCCGAAUCGGACUCUGACUCUGAAAAAGAAUCUGCCAAGGCCACACCGAAAUCCGAUCCCGCGCGCACGACAGUUCUUAUCUUCACCAAGUCCUCUGAAUCAGCAUCUCGUCUUUCUCGCUUGCUUGGCCUACUCGAUCCUUCUCUUGCUAGCCAGGUGGGAACUAUCAUCAAAUCGAACAAAUCAUCCGCCUCCCGCAAGACCCUCACAGCCUUCCGCCGGGGCAAGAUCUCCGUUAUUGUCGCAACUGAUCGCGCCUCGCGUGGUCUUGACCUCCCAUCCCUGACCCAUGUUGUCAACUACGACGUUCCUCCUAGCAUCACGACCUACAUCCACCGUGUCGGACGUACCGCACGUGCUCACAAGGAAGGAUCAGCAUGGACACUCUUCGCACACAGAGAAGGCAGAUGGUUCACAAACGAGAUUGCCAGAGGUUCUGAUGGCAAAAUAACCAGAGCUUCCAAGGUCGAACGGGUGAACAUGAAGCUCGACGAUGUGGCCGAUGCUAAGUCGCGGUACGGCGCCGCUUUGAACGAACUCGAGAAAGAGGUCAGAAGAGAUGGGAAGGUGAAGUCCUCCAAGUCAAAAGCAUAAGCAACAUGUCGCAUUUCUGUCUUGUGUUUGUUAUAGAAGUUACCGGCUGCUACACAUAUAUUAGAGGAGCCAGGCGUAUAAAUUCGGUCGUCAUUCAUUACGAUUGUACAUAAUCAUGGGCGAAAAUAAACAUCGAUACCUUAGGAA